CCCAGGGGUAGUGCUGAAUAAUGAUUGUUGUAGAAUAAAGGAGCUCCGCUUGGCGCAAAAUAUUUUUGUAAAACGCUUCCCGCGCCUGAGGAUGGCAGAUGCAACCUUGAUUGUAAAUGGGUCGAAACCGAUCCACUUGGAGCCGGAUACAAUCUACCGCAUCGGGAGAAAAGCGGGGGUGGAAAUACACAUUGCCGAUCAAUCUAUGGAACUGGCCCAUGCCACCGCCUGCAUCCUGCGCCGCGGAGUGGUUCGAUUUGCCGCCGCACUUGGUAGGGUAUUCGUCAAUGGAGAAGAAAGGAAUGUUGCAGACGUCGGCAAGGAAGACGCCUUCAAUGGCAAGGAUGUGAAACUACGAUUCGGAAAUGUGGAAGCCAUUCUGGAAUUCAAGGAGGAUACUGAUGGGCUCAACACCGGCAGCGGGUUCGGCGAAUGCGUUCAGGACAGGAAUGACACAGCCGAGGACAGUUUUGAAAUUCCCGAAACUCAGCCUCCACCGGAGGACACCAGUGGCAACGUCACCGCGGACAGUUUCUACAUUCCAGAGACCCAGGCAGUGGUCUUCAACAGGCCGUCAACCAGUGGAAACAUAUCGGCGGGCGAGGACUUUAUGAUCCCGGAAACACAGGAUGUUCCUGUGAUGGAGCACAAUGAAAACACGCGUUGCAGUGACGGGAGCUCCUCCGGAACGGGUAGCCAUAUACGCAUCUGCACGCAGGAUUUCAACGAUGAUGCCAUCGAUGACUUUGAUUCAUCGCUAAUACUAGGACAUGCUCUUAUGCCUUUGUCGCCGCCAAAGGCAGAAAAGAGAGCAGAGAAUGGAGGAACAACUCAUGAAAAGCUGGAUGCCUCGGAACUGGAAAUGAGUGCUUUGAAUUGGAGUGUUUCAAAUUCAAAAUGCACUGCUCUAAACAGUACCAAUCAUCAGAACGAGGGGAAUCCCGGAUUGGAAGCCUGUUUAACACCCAACUUGACAGGACUCAGCCGGGAUAAAGGUAUUCAUACACUCGAUCUGAUUGACAGCAUUCUGGGGGAUGAGGCGAAAGAUGCGGGCCACACAUCUCAUGCCAGGCAACAGGAACCAGCUAUUCAUACUCCCGAUCUAAUAGACUGCAUUCUGGACGAGGCGAGAGGAGCUGGCUGCAGAUCAAAUGCCAGCACACCACAGCUUUGCGGGGCAAAGCAUCUGGUUGUGGCCACAAUAGAGACUCCAAGGCCAACUCCUGACGAACAGGAAGAGAGUGCUAGUAAAGACAAAAACCAGGACUUUGUUGCCACUCAACGGUUUCCUGGUACGAAUUUGAUCGAAAGCGACGAGGAAGAAGAACCAAACCAGUGUGAAAAUGCGAUUGGAGGACAAAACCAGGACUUUGUUGCCACUCAACGAUUUCCAGGUACGAGUUUGGGUGAAAGCGACGAAGAUGACCAACCAAAUCAGGUGAAAAGGCCGGUUAGGGAACCAAACCAGGACUUCGUUGCCACCCAACGGUUUCCUGGUACGAAUUUGGGAGAAAGCGACGAAGAAGACCAACCCAACCAGGAUCUCGUACCUACCCAAGUGUUUCCUUCUGCUUCUCGAGGAAGAAAAAAACAAAAGUCACCCGAGAACUCCAACAAAAGUAUCUCUCUGAACCAAGAUUUCAUUGCAACACAAGUAUUUCCGGCUAGAAGCCGGGUCGUUCACGAUAAGGAGAAUAUGGCAUCAGUCGACAUUUCCGUAAAAGAUCAAUCUUCCAAAGGAUCCAAAGGUCUGAAAGUUCCCUGCGACGAGAUUGAUGAAGUGUUAAGUGAGAUGAUUGCAGGCACUGCAAUGUCACCCGCCGACCCCAAGGAGGAGCAAAUCAAGUUCUUCAAGCCUUGUGUCAUCAAGGACAAGCAUCACAAUCAAAAGAUUAGUCAGAUUGAAGGAGUUUUUACCGACCUGAGCAACACCAGUCGUUGGCGCAAUGAGCCCACUGACGAAGGAAAUCGAAAACGCGUAGCCAGAUCGGUCUCGCCCCAAGGAACACCCAGCCAAAAAAAUCGACGCUUAUCGGAAGGAAGUGAAAGGGUUGCACUAGGACCUGGUAGAAGAAUCUUCAAAGAACCUUCACAGCGAUCGAUUUCUGAAAUGGAAGAAAAUGCGGCUGUAACAUAUACAGAUUCUCCUGUGGCUGAAAGGGCACCCAUGAAACUGGUAGUACCAUCCAAAAAAAAAGGGCCAAAAAAGAAUGAGGAACCCGCAGAAACUGCAGCCGCCAAAAAAGAAGUGUCUGGAAGGCGUAGAAAAUGCGCAUCUUCCAAUUCUGAAGAGUCGGACAUCACCAAACCGAAACGUGCCAAGCAGUCCUUAAAGUCGGAAGAAUCGAAAAUGGGAAAGAGAAAUACCCGACAGAAGAGUACAAGUGAUGCAUUGGAGUCGUCCCGAUCGACAAGCCCAGCCAAUCUCAAAAAACCCAACAAGGAGGAGAAAAACGAAUCAUUUAAAGUGGAGUUAACAGGAAACAAUGAGGAUUCAAAGAUAUGUUCGUCGAGCAUUGUCAUUAAACUUAAGCGGUGCAACAUGUCAACAGAAGCACCAGACAAAAAAAUGGGAAAAUUGAAUACACCCGAGAGCGGUGCGAAUAUAUCUUUAGAGUCAUCCCACUCUAAAAACGGUGUUGAAAAGCCUGAACCCAGUCCUGAAACUUCAAAGAAAGUAACUAAAGCUUCAAAAAGAACCGCGAAAGCCACUAAGUUGGGGUCCAAAAAGGAAGCUGCCCUUUCCAUUGACGAAAAGACGACUGACAUUCCAAAAUCAAAACGAAUCGAAUCCCAAAAGCCUGUAAUUCAAAAAAGGAUUACCCGACUAAACAGUGCGACUGAGUCAUUAGAAUCUUCAGCUUCAAAAGACCAUUUGGAAGCGCCAUCAACUGCAUCCAAGACAUCUAGUGAGAGAGAACUGGGGGAUGCUCCAAAAAACCGAUCAAGAGCCAGAACAAAAGCCAUCGUCGUGGAGCUGCAUGACAUCACGAAAACAAAGAAAGCUAAGGAAUCUUCAAAGGCAGAGCAGCCAAAAAUACAAAAAAGAGUUACCCGUUUAAACAGUGCCAAUGAAUCGGUUGAAUCCCACUCCAAAACUCCAUCGACUCUCGGAGCGACUGUGAGGAAUGAGUCUUCAAGUGAGCAUGCUGCUAAAGGAAGAUCCGGAUCGACUAAGUUGGGACCACGAAAGGGGUCUGCACUUCCCGGUUCUAAUGAAGAGGAGCCCCUAGACGCCAAGAAAACAAAACGGGGCAAAGCAUCAGUGAAGCCUGAAGAACCCAUGGCUGAAAAGCGAAAUAAUCGACAGAAAAGUAAAAAUGAAUCUUCAGAAGCAUCUUGUUCCCAAGCUCACAAAGAAAUUUCAUCAACCAGUGCGGGGGCUGUAAAGAAGCCUGGUAGUAAAGACGAGGAGGUCUCCGUCAAGAACAAUCCAAGGGCUACCUCCAGGAGGUUAAGUAUGACACCACCCAGUUCCCUAAAAGCCAUAACACAGUAUGUCAAGAACGUGAGAGGAUCGGGAAAAAUCAAGAUAACGUUGAGCAUGUGCAAUCGGAACUCACUAGAAAGUGUGUUAAAGUCCCUAAAGAAGGUCAUUGAGCUCACCGAAGACCCUUUGAACUGCGAUCUGCUCAUCAUGGACAAGGGCGAACGCACCUACAAGUUUCUUGUCGGGAUCGCUUCCAACAAACCCAUCCUUUCAAGCAGUUGGCUCCACUCCGUUCGGGCCACGAGCAGCAUUACAGUUAAGGAGGAGCACCUAUUCAAGGACGAGAAGUUUGAAGAGAUGUACAAGUUCCGGCCCAUUUCCAUUUUGGAGGGCCCUCGGCUGCUGACCGGCCUCACCUUUUUCCUUCGCGAGGGUAUCCAGCCUAACGUGAAGGAAAUGCAAGCUAUCGUUGAGUGUGCUGGUGGGAGUGCCCUCCUCAAGCGACCGUCCCUCUCCAGGAUUGCCGAAAUCUAUGUAGUCACCACCAAGCAGGACUUGACGUCCAUGAAUCUCGUGCGGGACUUCGAAAAGGUACACUUCAUUCGGCCGGAGGGAAUUAUGCAAGCCCUCCUCCAACACAAGCCAGAACUCUUAAAGGAUUACCCUUUAAAAUUUGAAAGUUAAUGUUUUGCAUUAUGUUGUUUGUUUUUUGUCCAUUUUUCAUAACGGUCAUUCAAGUUUGUUUAUUAAAUAAAUUGUACGAUAUUGCCUUAUUGCUACUA